UUUCGGAUUGCAUUUUUUGAAUUUUGAAUCCGUAAAGUAUGUUUGCGUCAGUUUUUAAAAGUUGCAGAAAAGUUAAUUUCAGUAUUUUGCUGAGACAUCAUUCUCGGUUAUCAUACUCAUUUCUCUUACAAAAGCAACAAUUAAAAACAAAUUCAGAAGACUUUUUUCCAAUUAUCUCAAAAUAUUCCUUUUUGUCACCUUUAUCAUCAAACGCGCCAUUAGAAUUUCAAAGAUAUUAUGCAAAAAAGAAAAAAUCUUCUAAAAAACAAUUAGAGGAAGAUGAAGAAAGUGAAGAAGAAGAUGAAGAUUUUGAAAGUAUAGAGCCAGAUGAAAUUGGGGAUACUUUUAAUAUUAUGACAAAAUCCCUUCCUUCUCUUCGAGUAGAUUCUAUUGUUAAAGCUGGUCUUGGAAUAACAAAAAAGAAAGUUGAAAAGGAAUUUUAUGCUAACAGAAUAAGAAUAAAUGGGCAGAAAAUUCUAAAGAAAGCCACAACAAUUCACACUGAAGAUGAAAUAGAUCUUGUUAAAGGCUAUAGUCCUGAGAAUCAAAAAUUUCUUCUUGUCGAUAGAAUCGUAAUUAAAGGUAUUGGUAAAGUAACUCAAAAUGGAAAUUUUCCUGUGAAAAUGCAAAUUUUCAAAGAAUUAACUAUUGAGAAUUAUCCAGAUGCUUGGUCAAAGAUGGAUGUUUUAGAGAGUGCUUGACACUGUUUUAAGAGAAACUGUAUUGUUUUGUAUGUCUCUGUGAGUUAUUACUCUGUAGAUGUAUGAUGAAAGUUUAUGUACUGUAUAUAAAUAUAU